UUCUUAUUCGAUACACUAUUCCCAAAAAAUGACUUGCCAUUUUAAUAAAAAGGUAAGUUCCGGUGAAAUGAGAAUCUAAAAUCCUAAAUCGAAAAAUUUCAAAUCAUCGGCUCUUCUUCAGUCGACACAACUCUCGUUUCAGUCCAGAGUCGACGCAGAGCCAUGGAUCAAUCGUUCCUCCUGAUGCUCUCCAACCUCCUCCACCUCCACAACUCCAUCGACCCAACCACCUCCCUCAUCUCCUCCCCCACCUCCACCACCACCGCCUCCUCCGCCUCCACCUCCACCUCCCCCACCUCCCUCCUCACCUCCUCCUCCGCCGCCCCUCUCCUCUUCUUCACCAUCGCCUCCGUCCUCUCCUACAUCGCCUCCUCCCGCCCUUCCUCCUCCUCCUCCUCCUCCUCCCCCUCCACCCCCGCCGCCUCCUCCUCCUCCGCCGCCGCCGCCGCCGCCUCCGACUACUCCGUCUCCGCCUUCCGCGCCCUCUCCACCGAGCACAUCUGGUCCCUCGAAGCCCCUCUCCGCGACGCCCAGUGGCGCUCCCUAUACGGCCUGUCGUAUCCCGUCUUUACGACCGUCGUCGAUAAGCUCAAACCCCACAUUGCUCUCUCCAACCUCUCCCUCCCUUCCGACUACGCCGUCGCCAUGGUCCUCUCCCGCCUCGCCCACGGCUUCUCCGCCAAGUCCCUCGCCGCCCGCUACUCCCUCGAGCCCUACCUUAUCUCCAAAAUCACCAACAUGGUCACGCGCCUACUCGCCACCAAGCUCUACCCGGAGUUCAUCAAGAUCCCCGUCAGCCGCCGCAGACUGAUCGAAACCACCCAGGCCUUCGAGGAGCUGACGUCACUCCCCAACAUGUGUGGCGCCAUUGAUGGCACUCCGAUCAGGCUGCACAAGCAGAAUCUGCCUGCGAAUUACAAAUGCAGGUACGGCUACAAUGCUGUUCAGCUGGAGGUUGUUGCUGACCACAAGAAGAUCUUCUGGGAUGUUUGCGUUAAAGCGCCGGGAGGCACCGACGACGCCACCCAUUUUCGAGAGAGUUUGUUGUAUAACAGGCUUACUUCCGGUGACAUUGUGUGGGAUAAGGCCAUCAAUGUGCGUGGUCACCCUGUGAGGCCUUACAUUGUUGGGGACUGGUGCUAUCCUUUGCUCAGUUUCUUGUUGACUCCCUUUUCGCCUAAUGGGAUGGGGACUCCUGCGCAGAACCUGUUCGAUGGAAUGCUCAUGAAGGGGAGGUCUGUGGUGGUUGAGGCAAUUGGGCUGCUCAAAGGGAGGUGGAAGAUUCUGCAGGACCUGAAUGUGGGUCUUAAUCAUGUGCCACAGACCAUUGUUGCUUGCUGUGUGCUGCACAAUUUGUGCCAGAUUGCAAGGGAGCCUGAACCGGAGCUGUGGAAGGACCCUGAGGAGAAUGGGAUGCCUCCUAGGGUGCAUGACAGUGAGAAGUCGUUUUACUACUUUGGGGAAAGCUUGAGGCAAGCAUUGGCUGAUGAUUUGCACCAGAGGCUUUCAUCGAGAUAGGACAUUUUGUCCUGAGUAAAGGGAUGGUUGUCCUCAGCGGUUUAACCUAUGGGUACCAAACGAUGCUGCUGGUUUUAGAGAGAAGUCUUUUCACAACAUAGAGCCUGUUCAUGGGGACUGGUUGACCCAAAGGGAUGAGAACUCCUGCAUAGAGCCUGUCUGAUGAAAUGCUGGUUCAAUCAAAUGCGGUUUAUUAUAAAUUGAUGAUGGGGGCUUGUUUUUCAUUUCCCAGGGAAAAGUUUAGUCCAUAUCACAACAGGAAACCUCAAACCAAAAUGUAUUUAUCAACUCCUUGUUAAUAACAUAUUAUAGUUUGAACUUUCUUGUUGUGAUAUGGAUUAAAACUUCGAGGAAUGCUCACCUGAGGGUUAAGUUUGAAGAGACUG